AUGAAACGCCUCAUCACUGAAAUCUCAACGCUGCAAACCUGUUUGCCUGAAGGCAUUUUUGUUCGCCACAGCAACUCACGGCUCGACGUGCUCAAGAUUCUCAUCAUCGGGCCCAAGGAUACACCCUACGAGUACGGCUUUUUCGAAUUCGACUUGUUCUGUCCUCUGGAUUAUCCCCAGUCGCCGCCCAAACUGCAGUUCCGGACCACAAACAAUGGCCGGGUCAGGUUCAACCCAAACCUAUACGAGUGCGGUAAAGUGUGCUUAUCGCUUCUUGGCACCUGGGAUGGCGAACCUUGGCGGCCAAAGACAUCCACCCUGCUCCAGGUUCUGGUCAGUACUCAGUCCAUGAUCCUGUGCGAGCAACCGUGGUACAACGAGCCCGGCCGAGAGCGUGUGCCGGGCCAAGAACAAAGCGACGAGUACAACCUAGAAGUCCGCUAUUGGACACUACAACACGCCAUAUUGCCGUGGGUCAACGCCUUCAACGCCAGCAACCCGGAUCCCCAACAUGUCAUGGCAUGCUUGGGAUGGGGACAGUGUUGGGGUGACGUGGUGCAGACUCAUCUAAUCGCAAAUGCGCACGAGAUAUACUCGAGCAAUUUGAAGGUGGCCCAGGUCGCCGGUGAUUCGCGUAAAGGCCGAGAUCUUCACAACUCCCUGCUGAACAUGCGAAGUGCAUUAGCAAAACACGGCUACCUGACCUAG